AUGUGCAACGUGAUCACGAUCGCGUCGGCGGCCUGGCUGCGCCGAGCCGUGCGGCGGUGGCGCGCCUGCGGCACCGCGUCAGCGGAGGUGCCGGCAGGGCACGUGGCGGUGUGCGGAGAGGGCGCGCGGUUCGUGGUGCGGCUGGCACACCUAGGCCACCCGGCCUUCUUAGAGCUGCUCAGGCAGGCGGAGGAGGAGUACGGCUUCCCGCCUAGCGCAUCCGGCCCGGUCGCGCUCCCCUGCGACGUGGACCGCCUCCGCGACGUCCUGAGCCGCGUCUCCUCUUCUUCCGACAGCGACUACGAGGAGCGCCGCCGAGGCGGGGAGUCGAGGCCGCUGCUGAAGGGUGUGGCCGGGGAGAAGCUCGUCUUCUGA